CGAGGAUGGCGGAAACCGGGAAAUGAUUUGGAACGCGACGAAAGCAAAACAAAACGUUCAGAGUUAAACAAAAACAACAACGGAAUAUUUAACUUUAACAUACAUGUGUUUUAAUAACAUGUGAUGACGCAUGUGUCUCACGCAAGGAACCAAAUAAAGCUGGACGGGAAUGACUUCUAUUGAUGCCCCGUAAAGCCUCAAACACAGGGAAGCCUCCAUUGCUGUUUCUGGAGCGACCACUGAACGGAGCCAGACUCCAAAAUGAGCCCGAUGUGCGAGCAGCUCUUCAACCCAAAGAGUUCUUCACAGAGACACAAGCCCAGAGCAGCUCCACUCUUAAUUCGUGGGUAAACCCACAAUUUGACACCUCACUCGCGGCUGCACCUCCAGCAAGAAGAGGAAGGAGGAAAUGUCAGUCUACCACGAGCAUCCUUGACCGUUGCAGUCAGCUGUCCAGGAAAACCAGUGUGUGCAAAUUCCCCUCGUUAUCGUUCCAGACGAGGUCAAGAGACCAACAACCGAAGAGCACACGCGCAAAGAAAGCCACAGAGUCGGCUCCUGCGCCCGAUGAGGGAAAUCUACCACACAGAUCAUGCCGACUCAAAAAGGCGGUUUCAUGUGCACAGCAUGUACAGAUGCCAAAGAGACAGUCGGCCUCAAUUAGGAGAAAGAAAGUGGAGACAUUCUCUGACGGUGCUGCAUCCUCCAGUAGAUGUGUUGACCAAGCUGAAGCCUCACCUAUUCGAGUGGAGAAAUGCACAAUUCCAGCGAACGCUUUAACACCCGACUCCACUGAGUUCAGCAGUAUCGGACCAGCACCUGAUGUGGACACUCCGAAACUAAUACAAGAAGGGAGCAGUUGUCCCUCUUCCCCCUCUGUACACAAGCUACUGGCUCAAUCAUGUUCACCGCCGAGUAAUCAGCCACCUGACAUUUUGGUGGCGGACACACCAGAGAGGGAUUAUGGGUUGAAGGUGACAUGGAGGAAGAGGAAGGGUCUGAUGUUACUUUUAAAAACACGAGGUCUUCUCUCUGAUUCAGAUGUGAUCAUUCACAGCUGAUGUUCAGGUUUGGUGAGAAGAGAAUCAGGCAAUAAUGUCAACAGGGAAGAAAAACCCCUGUUAUUCACUGGACAAUUUAUGUGAUCAGAAUUCUCCAUGAAGCAUUUUACUAAACUGAAUUGUGCUCCUGCUUCUGAUUGUCAUACAUCAGGUUACUGACUGUUUACUGUUUAUUUUUAUUCAAUUUUAAUGACAAGACAAGGGGGUAAUGAUAUAACUGCCUUACCCAUCCUGUCUCUAUAAGACUCAAAUCUAAUACUGAAUAAAUCUGAUUAUAGGUCUAAUUACUGCAAUAUCCAUUUCUGAGAAUAUAUUUACACAGAUUCCACUCAUACCGGGCUUUUCCAGAUAAUGUUGCAAAUCAAAGGCAAGUCUUGUUUUCAUAAAUUGCAACCUCUGGUAGAAAAAAACCCUAUUUCUUGUUAUGUGAAUACUUCUGCAUUGAAAUAACUAUUUUUGAUCCGGGCUGUGCCUAAAUGAACUAUAAAUGACAUUACAUCACCAUAUUUUUCUCAAUGACACAAAAUCAUAUGUUUCAUAAAAUAAUUGAAAAUUUGAUCUAUGUUUUUGAUGCAAUGCCAUGUAACUCUACAGAUGAUGUAUUACAACAAAAGAGAUGUGUAAUAAUUAUUAUGUGUGCAAAGAAAGAGGAGCAGUGUAGU